AUGGGGAAGUUUAUGAGAGCUUUAGGAAUGUCGUUUCUAGUGUUAUCACUUGUGGUGGUGUUUAUCGGUUUAGCUGAGGGAAGACAAUUGGAGGAGAAAAACAAGUUGGGUAAGGAGGGUUGUGAAGGAGGGGAAGGUGGUGUGGGUUAUGGGGGAGGCAUUGGGGGUGGUAAAGGAGGCGGCAUUGGUGGUGGAUAUGGAGGUGGUGUUGGAGGAGGUCAUGGAGUUGGUGGUGGCUAUGGAGGAGGACAUGAAGGUGGUGGUGCAGGAGGAGGCUAUGGAGGUGGUGCAGGAGGGGGUGUUGGUGGUGGAUAUGGAGGUGGCCAUAAAGGUGGUGGUGUAGGAGGUGGUUAUGGAGGAGGACAAGGAGGAGGUGCUGGUGGAGGUUAUGGAGGAGGACAUGAAGGUGGUGGUGUAGGAAGCGGUGUUGGUGGUGGUUAUGGAGGAGGUGGUAAGGGUGGAGGCAUUGGAGGUGGUCAUGGAGGUGGAGUUGGUGGUGGUUAUGGAGGAGGUGUUGGAGGUGGCCACGGAGGUGGUUUAGGAGGUGGAUAUGGUUCUGGAGGAGGCAAGGGUGGAGGUGUCGGAGGUGGACAUGGAGGUGGAGUUGGUGGAGGUUAUGGAGGAGGCGUAGGAGGUGGUCACGAAGGAGGAGUUGGUGGUGGUUAUGGAGGAGGAGUAGGAGGUGGGCAUGAAGGUGGUGUUGGUGGUGGUUAUGGAGGUGGAGUAGGAGGUGGCCACGGAGGCGGUGUUGGUGGUGGUUAUGAAGGUGGAGUAGGAGGUGGCCACGGAGGCGGUGUUGGUGGUGGUUAUGGAGGUGGAGUAGGAGGUGGCCACGGAGGUGGUGUUGGCGGUGGUUAUGGAGGUGGCCAUGAAGGUGGUAUUGGUGGAGGCCAUGGAGGUGGUGUGGUGGCUAUGGAGGAGGUGUAG